AUGGCCAACGUCAACUAUCUUUUGUUCGAAAGCGCGGUCGGCUUCUCGCUCUUCGAGGUCGUCCACCAGGCUGACACCGUCGGCUUGGAGCUGCCCGAGGUCAAGGAUGCCAUGAAGGAUCUCGACAAGUUUGGCAAGAUGGUGAAGCUCCGCAGCUUCAACCCUUGGAACUCUGCCGCCCACGGUCUCGAGGCCAUCAACCUCAUCUCCGAGGGUAUCAUGCCCGACCAUCUCAAGAACACCCUCGAACUCAACCUCCCCCAGACCAGCGGAAAGAAGAGCAAGAUCGUCCUCGGUGUCGUCGACAAGAGGCUCGCUGGUGAGAUCAGCGGAACCUUCCCCGGUGUUCAGUGCGAGGCUGCCGAUACCUCUGAGGUCGUCGCUGCCCUCCUUCGCGGCAUCCGCACCCACGCCAGCAAGCUCCUCAAGGGUCUCCAGGACGGUGACAUCAACCGCGCCCAGCUCGGUCUUGGUCACGCCUACUCCCGCGCCAAGGUUAAGUUCUCCGUCCACAAGAACGACAACCACAUCAUCCAAGGUAUCGCUACCCUUGAUGCUCUCGACAAGGGUAUCAACUCAGGUGCUAUGCGCGUGAGGGAGUGGUACGGCUGGCAUUUCCCCGAGCUCAUCCGCAUCGUUUCCGACAACGGCACCUACGCCAAGUGCGUGAUCGCUGUCGGCAACAAGAAGACCCUCACCGACGAGUCCAUCGAUGAUCUCGCCAACGUCCUUAACCAGGACGAGGACAAGGCCAAGGCCAUCAUCCAGGCCGCCAAGGUCUCCAUGGGUCAGGACAUCAGCGAUAUGGAUCUCAACAUGGUCAAGGACCUCGCGGAUAACGUUUCCAAGAUGGCCGACUUCCGCCGCAUCCUCGCCGAGUCGCUCGACAAGAAGAUGGGCGAGGUCGCUCCUAACCUGCAGGUCAUCCUCGGCACCCCCGUCGCCGCCCGCCUCAUCUCCCACGCCGGCUCCCUUACCAACCUCGCCAAGUACCCCGCCUCGACCCUCCAGAUUCUCGGUGCCGAGAAGGCCCUCUUCCGCGCUCUCAAGACCAAGGGCGCUACCCCCAAGUACGGUCUCCUGUACCAGAGCACCUUCAUCGGCCGUGCCGGUCCCAAGGUCAAGGGCCGCAUCUCCCGCUACCUCGCCAACAAGUGCUCCAUCGCCUCGCGUAUCGACAACUUCUCCGAGAACCCCCUCGCCGCUUUGCGUCUGGAGUGGUACGCUAAGGGCAUCAAGCCCAUGAAGAACACCGAGGCCAUGGACAAGGCCAUCAAGCUCGUCAUGGACGACGAGGGUGACAUGGACAUUGACACGGAGAUGCUCGACACCAAGACCGCCGCCCACACCGUCUCUUCCGAGUCCAAGAAGGACAAGUCUGAGAAGAAGGACAAGAAGGAGAAGAAGGACAAGAAGAAGGACAAGGAGGAGAAGAAGGACAAGAAGGACAAGAAGAGGAAAGCGACCAGCGAAGACGUCGAGAUGGUAGACGCCCCCGACGCUGCGGAACCCGAGAAGAAGAAGAAGAAGAAGUCGAAGAAGUCUGAGUAA